GUCUUGAUUGGCCAAGGCAUUUACCGAGGAGCCGACUGGUUCCGUCUUAGAGACUCGAGGACAUCGUCGAGAGCUUCAAUUCAUUGACGGCAGCUUCACUAACAUACCGAAUUGACGAACCACUCUGUGAGGUACGGGAAGUUUGUCAAAAUGAUUGGCUCAAGAGUUGGUGUUUCGGCCAUGCGCCAGGUCGCAAGGACCCCCAAUGCCGCCUUCUUCUCCCAGAACCUGCCUCGCCUGGCAUUGGGCAUGCAGGCCAGAACCGUGAGCACCUCGAAACUUUCCGAGGCCGACGCUCAAGCACUCCUCGCCACCCAGCGCCAAAGCCGACCCGUCGCUCCCCAUCUGCAGAUCUACGACAAGUCCCAAACGUGGUUCGGCGGCUCCAUCUGGACACGUAUCACCGGCUCCAUCUUCUCGGGCGGUCUCUACACCUUCAGCGCCGCCUACCUCGUCGCCCCCCUCUUCGGCUGGCACCUCGAGUCCGCCUCCAUCGCCGCUGCUUUCGGUUCCCUGCCUUACGCCGUCAAGGGCGGACUCAAGUUCUUGGUCGCCUGGCCUUUCGUCUUCCACGGCAUCAACGGCAUGCGUCACUUGACUUGGGAUUUCGCCAAGGGCUUCAGCAAGCCUGCCAUCAAGACCUGGGGUACCGCCAUCUGGGGAGUGAGCAUUGUUUCUGGAUUGUACCUGGGUUUCUUCUUCUAGAGGGCGAGGCAGAACGAUAUAAGGGAAGGAUGGACUAGCGAAAGACGAGAUAGACGUACAUGGCUGAGCACGUUCUUCCGUGACGAAACUCGCUGUUAUGCAAUCAAUGCGCCUGAAAGAUAACGACCACAUCGACUGCGUCGGGUUGGGCAGAGAAACAGGUGGGGGAGAUUCUGUAUAUGUUGUAGAAUUACAUGAUUCCGAUGAAAUGCAGAGGGAACUGAGAGUUAUACCGCGAUCGACCUUGGCUACAUGUAUACCUACCAUGGUAGAUGCCGCACAAAUUGUACUAUGUUUGUUUACCGUGAUUUGCAAACUAUCGUAAGGAUUC